CCGCCCCUUCAUCCAGCUCCAAGGAAGGAAGGAGGAACUGCUCGAGCCGCGUGUGUCACUUCCAGUGUGCUGCAAAACCGCACUGCUAUGUGAUUCCUGGGAAAUAUUUAGCUGCCUCUGCGGUCGGUGGGAAGUAAGGUUAGAAAGUUUGGAAUCACAGCCGGUGUUUUGGGGGGCGCGGGGUGCGUAGGGAAGGUGGUGCAAGUGGUUUCGGAAGUGGAGCGUGGCAGAGAAAAGGAAGAAAGAGGGGGCUUUUCUUUCCUGUGUGAUACCAGAUAGCUCGCUUCGCUUGCUUGCCACGACGGGACUGACGUAGAAUAUGGCGGAGCAUCACCCGGUUUCCGACAACAAACACAAAUCCUCCCUGAACUCCGGAGCCUCGUACUCUGGGAACGGGCGCAGCAGCACGGCUGUGGCGGAGAGAGCGAGCAACGCCGGAGCGGGAGGAGGAGGUCUGUCCGGCGGCCUGUCGCAGCCGGCCGGGUGGCAGUCUCUGCUGUCGUUCACCAUCCUGUUCCUGGCCUGGCUGGCCGGCUUCAGCUCCAGGCUCUUCGCUGUGAUUCGCUUCGAGAGCAUCAUUCACGAGUUUGACCCCUGGUAAGUUUGUUUCGUCGCACACCCAGCCGCUGGAGGCUGCUCGUCAGGGCAGGGAGCUCCGGAGGUCCGCGGCUGUCAGGAAGUUUCUGUGAAAGCAUAGCCAGUCAGCGGUUCACUGUCACGCGCCCACAUUCAGAAAAACGACGUCCUUUCUUGGCGGCAUCGAGGACUUAGAUCGACUAACAUUAUAGAAUCAAAGCCUAAAUGUACUUAAUGUGAAUUGACUUGAGAGCCCAGUCCGUCCUAUUGGACAGAGCUACUCUAAGUGCUUUUACCCACACAAGGCUUCCAAAUAUACGUCCUAAAGUAAAGUGGCCUGUAGUCAGAGCCAUGUGUGUGCAUUGUAGUUGAUAAUGAAGUGGACACUGGAGCUGAAUGUGAAGGAGGACGGGGAGGAGGAGGGGCAGGUCCCACAGCAGAGUAAAUGAGGACAAUAGUGACAGCUUCAUCUGACGCGGGUUGAACCCGGAACGAAGCAGCAGGCCGAAGUCCUUCUAACACAGAUAUCUCCUUUGUUUACCUACAAAUCUCCUCUGCUCUCAUGUAUUUGUGUUUUUUUUUUGUUGCAGCGACCCGAGCACUGAUUACAGGCUUUAAUAUCGUUCGUGUGCCUGCAAUGUGCCACAUGCACAUUUAAAUAGAAGCACAUCCUCGGUCUCAGUUACACUUACUGUGAGCAAAUGGUACCUCACCCUGCACAUUAUUCUGACAAAGUUUCGAAUUGCAUUUGCAUACUAUCCCCCUGGGAUCUGUACUACAAUUGGUGGUCCUUUUGAAUUGAAAUGUGCACCGUACUCUGUAUAAUGCUAUUCAGGUUUCACAUUUAGGUGGCUUUGAACAUUUCAUUUAGCCCAUGCACUAGGAGCAUUUCCAUCUGACUUAUCUCAAAUGCUUUGGCAGGGUCAUGGUGCAUGCUGCUGGUUUUAAUUCAGGUGUGAAAAAGGCUUCCUUACACUGUCCCAGACAUUAGUGCAGCCAGGCAGACGCUAACAGUUGGACAGUGAGAUUAACAGACUUUGCUGCAAGAUAAUGUGUGAGGAGGCCUGAACAAACAUUUUGUACUUUUUCCUGUAUUAACGUCCAAUACAGAUGGUUUUUAACAAAGCUUGCCCCAGACACAGUGAAGUACCUCAGGUUGGACAGGCAAGCGCUCUGCCUAACCAUGCAUUUCAAACUUUACCAGCGACCAACUUGACUGCCAGAAAUUGUCCAAGGUUUUUAUUUGUACUCCAAGGGACUGUUGCCUGGCCCAAGCCUGCAUUGCAUCACUGAAAGCAUUUAAUGAUUAUUCUGAGACCAGCGGUGUGGAUUAAACUGCCAGCUUCAUGUCUGUCUGCUGAAUAAAAGAGGGGGCUUGAAAGCUUUGGCUGGGUGAGAAUCCUUCAGUUUCUAUGUGUCGCUGUCUUAAAGCCUAACAUGGCAUGACAUAGAGUGAAAUUUAUUCAUACACUGCUUCAUUGUUCUAUCAGUCUCCCUUUGCUAUCAGACUGGCACCAUUAUGUAAACUAGAUAUUUGGAUGGAUGAGGAAACUUGUUAGAUCGGGUGUGUGUGCGCGUGCAUGUGUGUGUGUGUGUGUGUGUCUCCUGCAGGUUGUAGUCGGAUGAUAAAAUAUGUUUAAGGUCAGAUAAUAUUGUUAUAAAUUUCACACCUAGCUAAUGAAAAAAAAUCACUCUUCCUUUUUUAAAUUGAAUGAGAGUGGAGCACAUUUUUUUUUAGUGGUAAUGAUUACAAUAAUCAAUUUUCAAAGUUAUUACAAUAACUUAGUUGUGCCUCACCUCGUGUUGAGAAGGGAAACCCCAUUUUGUGUGUGUGUCAGUACUGUGGGCACAUGUAUUUCAGAGGAAGUAGAAUGUCUUUGCGCUCAGUAAAUGCACCACAUGCAAGACUUUGAAUCUACUGUUUUGAAAUCAAUAAAACAUAAUGAAUGUUUGGAAGGAAUCAGAUUUUUCUGAGGUCAUACUAAAGAAGCCUCAAGGUUGUCAAGCAUUCAGGAGAUUGAAAAGCAGCCAUUUCUGAUCACUGUUUGAUGGCAGUUAGCUCAUACACAUCCCCACAAUCUCACUACAAGGUUGCUGUCAUUCUGUAGCUUAUUUUUUGAACGAAGAUCGCAGGAGUGCUAACAGUCGUAUCAACCCUCGGCUACACUGUUUGUUCUGUCUAUCCCUCUCUCUCUUCCUCGCACACGCCCUCUCUGAUGUGUCCCUUUGAUGUGGGUAGUUAAUAGUUCUUUUCCUUCAGAAGUCCUAGAUCGAGCUAUUAGAUCUGACAGCAAAGCCGGUCGGGACUGGUGUUACGCAGCCGGCCCAUACAUGGCUAGUUAUGCUUUGGGUUCGGGCUGUGUUAAUCAUGCACAGUGCAGCAUCAGAAAGAAAAAAAACAGCUUCAUUAGUACUUAUGUCUCUGUCUGAUGCACUAAAGGUUGCUUGCUAGUGAACUGGACCUCCCUCAGAGCAAGGUCUGGCAAGGACACUGCAUCUGAUUCACUGUCAUCUUUUUUUCCCCAAAAAAUUCCACCUCCUAUGAAAAAGGGCUUGUAGGAAAUUUAAAUGCAAUUAAUAUCACUUGGUGUUCAGUUUUUCUGGACACAUGACAUGGCUGAUAUCAAUGCGGACAUUAAGUAAUUUAAAUAGACCACAAAAUCAAACCCAUACCUCUUUUCGGUCAGUUUUUAGAGCUGAAUGUUGAAUAACAAAACUUUCAAGUUACUUUCGCUACAAAAUAUGUAGUGAAACUGAAAUUUGUCGAAUACUGAAGCCUUGCAGCACAUCAAGUCAAAUUUGGAUUUCUUGUUUCUCAGUUCCUGAAACGAAUAGGUCUUGUUUUGGAUGGAAAAAACAACUGAGAUUUAGAUGGGAUUUCUUCAGAAUAAAAUUCUGAGACUUCAGCAGACUUUCGCUUUUGAUGUUUUAGAUAACAGAUUCGAGAAGAAUAUAUCAGUUGCAACUCAUUAACACAAAUGCUGUAGAUAGCUUAUCAAAAGGAGCACGCAUAUGUUCAAAAAAAGCACCUGACUUGGACCUUCAAUUGCAAUUGGACAGUGUGCCUCUGUAGUUGUAGGUCAACAAAUGUGAGUCUUAUUUCAGCUGUAGUAUCCAAGUUGAAUUUUCACUCCUCACAAUCCGGAGCAACAAGCAUGUGAAAAACUAGGGCGUGCCAAAGGUGAUAGACACUUCAUAUAUUCUGCUGCUCAUCUCAUUUCUGAGUUGAAGCUACAUGUUGUGAACAUUAAGUAGGCUGCCACUCAUAAUAGUAUUUCUGCAUUCUUAGUUAGCAAAAGGUGCAGAUUGCAACUGAGUCCUUUGUGUGCACUAGUUAUUAGCCAUGCUCGAGGCAUGGCCCUAAGGUUGGCAAUGCUUGUCAGUCAGUCUGACUGAAAGAUCUCAGCAGAUGAGGGAUAGAUUGCUAUGAGUAUGACUAUAGACAUUUAUUGUCUCCAGAGGAUGAAGCCUGUUUAUUUGCAUGAUCCUCAAAGUUUUCCUCUGGAUCCCCCAUGACUCGGGAGUGCAGCUGUAAGAAAACAGUUUCUUAAACUGCUGAGUAGAUUGUAAGAAAUUUCUGUACUAACAUUCAUGUUUCUCUCAGGAUGG